AUGGCUUUAACCAGCCGAUGCCGGCUCCGAGGUCGCAGGAUCCCAACCGAAGCGGAGUGCGGGAAAAUAAUGUCGUCCCGCUCGGACAGAGUCCGUCACAGUCAGAGAAAGGAGGACACAGCAGCAGCAUGGAGCACAUUUCACCGAGGCUCCUCAGAUAACAGAUGUGUGAAGGCAGACUGGAAACAGACCUGUAAUUUACACACCACCCCGGUCAGCGUUGAAGGCCGCUUGCUGUUGUUUUGGGAGGUUACCACGGUGACAGGCGAGCUGGAGGGCAGCAGGUUGUCGUCUGAAGCAGAUCUGACUCUGCUGGACUGUGCAGGAGCCCGAAUCUCCGGGUGUUGGUCGCUGAGGUCUGACCGCAGUGGGAGUGGGGAGGACUCGUUGGACCGGCUGCUGCCUCCAGCCGGGGCCCCUCGCAGGAAGAGCGCCACCUCCCUGAGUAAAACAGAGCCUCCCCUGCUGCGUACAGGCACCCGCACCAUCUACACCGCCGGCCGACCUCCCUGGUAUGACGAGCAUGGAGCUCAGUCCAAAGAGGCCUUUGUCAUCGGGUUGUGUGGGGGCAGCGCCUCGGGGAAGACCACCGUGGCCAAUAAGAUCAUCGAGGCUCUCGAUGUGCCGUGGGUUGUGCUCUUGUCUAUGGAUUCUUUCUACAAGGUUUUAUCCCCCGAGGAGCAGGCCCUGGCAGCAAAGAACGACUACAACUUCGACCAUCCGGGGGCCUUUGACUUUGAGCUGCUGGUUGCCACCCUGCGGAAACUGAAACAGGGCAAAAGUGUGAAGAUCCCAGUGUACGACUUCACCACGCACAGGAGACAGAAAGACUGGAAAAAUGUGUACGGUGCCAGUGUAAUCAUUUUUGAAGGAAUUAUGUCCUUUGCGGACAAAGAGCUGCUUCAGCUCCUGGAUAUGAAAAUCUUUGUGGACACAGACUCAGACAUUCGGCUCGUCCGCCGGCUCCGCAGGGACAUCACAGAGCGCGGACGGGACAUUGAAGGCGUCAUCAAGCAGUACAACAAGUUUGUGAAGCCGGCCUUUGAGCAGUACAUCGAGCCGACCAUGAGGCUGGCUGAUAUCGUGGUGCCAAGAGGCGGUGGGAACAUGGUGGCCAUUGAUCUGAUAGUGCAGCAUGUUCACAGUCAGCUGGAGGAGCGUGAGCUCAGUGUCAGGGCACUCCUGGCUUCUGCCCAGCAGACGCAGCCGCUGCCUCAGACGCUCAGCGUGCUGGAGAGCACGCCACAGGUCCGAGGCCUGCACACCAUCAUCAGGAACAAAGAAACCAGUCGAGACGAGUUCAUUUUCUACUCAAAGAGAUUAAUGCGGCUUCUCAUAGAACAUGCGCUGACAUUUCUACCAUCUCAGCGCUGCGUGGUUCAGACUCCACAGGGCAAUGAGUACGAGGGCCGCAGUUACAACGGGAAAGGGAUCACCGGUGUGUCGAUCCUGCGGGCGGGAGAGACCAUGGAGCCUGCCCUGAGGGCCGUGUGCAAGGACGUCCGCAUCGGCAAGAUCCUCAUCCAGACCAACCUCGACUCAGGCGAACCGGAGCUGCAUUACCUGCGUCUGCCCAAAGACAUCAGUGAAGAUCAUGUCAUCCUAAUGGACAGCACAGUCUCCACCGGCGCUGCUGCCAUGAUGGCAGUACGAGUCCUAUUGGAUCAUGAGGUGCAGGAGGAUAAGAUCGUGUUGGUGUCGCUGCUGAUGGCAGAGCUCGGGGUGCACUCUGUGGCCUACGCCUUCCCAAAGGUCAAAAUCAUCACCACUGCUGUGGACAAGAGCCUGGACGAUUUUUUACAUGUAAUUCCUGGUAUCGGGGACUUUGGGGAUCGGUACUUUGGGACGGACGGCACCGACAGCUGGAGCGACGAGGAGGACCAGGAGCAGCCUUCGUACUGA